CAUGUGAAAUAUUAAAUCUGUCAAGUUGCAAAUAGAUCCACAAAGGCUUAGUGAAAUGUCAGAUGCUGCCUCUCUGAGUUCAUCUCACUACACAGCAGGGAAUCAUCUCCCAUUAACACCAGAUUAUGACAUUCCAAGCAGAUCCUCCACUGUCAUGGUGGAACCUAGAGGUUUAUCUUAUGUUAUACAGUAUUUACAGAACUUACUGAGGUAAAACCUCUCUGACCUGCUGAGGGGUGUACAAGGCAGUCAAGGCACAAGUCAGUUUCUUCUGGUGCAUAUGUGAAAAGAUUAAAUACAAUCUUAAAUAUAAAAAGGAGUAAGAGCCAAGUAUCCGGUUUCUUUUGGGCUCACUGGAAUACAUUUUAUUGCCAGAGCUGAUCGUGACCUUUGAUGUGGGGGCAUUACGGCCUUGAGCUGGUCCGUGGCAGUAUCUGAAGAGAAUGACUCACUAUAGACCCCCGGCCAAAAUACGGUUAUUAAUAAACUGCCUGUUGUUGGUGUGCCGACAACAUUAAUAACUAGACGAAAGGAGGGGGAGGGCAAAUGACUAGACAGAAUCUCCUUUAAGAAGCAUGAAAACUAUUUCUGAUAUAGAGUGUAAUAAAAAAGCAAGAAGUGUGAGAAUUUAGAGUCACAAAUAAACAAUAGGGUCGCCAGCAUUUGUCUCAAUGAUGUUACAGGUCUAAAAUAACAAAAUGUAUGCAAAGCUGCCCCCCUCCCCACUAUAUUAUCCUUGGGUCUUUUAAUAGCAUGGAAAUAGGACAGAGCAGCUGUCUCCCACCUCUCCCACCACCGUUCUCUGAUCAACUCCCUUCAUAUUCUCCCGAGACUGAAAUCAUCUCUACAAACGCACUCUCUCACUUCAGGACCAUACGCCCAGUCACCGGCUUUCUGACACAUGAGCUAAAAAUCACACCGCUGCGUUCUCCAACACAGCUCAGUACCCAGCUCAGCCAUGGCAGACAAAAAGGCCGUCGGCAAAGUGAGUAUAAUAAAAAGAAAAGAGAAGAAAGUGGAGAACAAGCCUGAAAAGGAGAAGGAGAAAAAAGUGGAGACCAAGCCUGAAAAGGAGAAAGAAAAAGGGAAAGAGAAGGAGGAGAAGAUGAAAAACAAGCCAGAGAAGGCCCCAGAAAAACCAAAGGUAGAAGAGCAGAAGCCACAGGGAAACGGGGAGGCAGCUGAAGCUGAAGGGGCACAGGGAGGUACCGAGGAUGGAGAGUUCAAAUAUGAGCCUAUAGAGCUUCCGCCAUUUGAGAUCAUCAUAGGAGAUCGACUCUGCCCCACUUUCUUCAAGUUCCAGUUCAAAAACGUGGAGUACUCCUGUGGCCGAAACAAGACCUUCCUGUGUUACCAGGUGGACAUUCAGAGCAGCUCAGGAGAACCUGAUGGGCUCCGGGGUUACUUGGAGGAUGAGCACACCGGCACUCAUGCUGAGGUGGCCUUCUUUCAACAGGUGCUUCCCCAGUAUGACAAAUCUCUGCGCUACACGGUCACCUGGUACACAUCAUCCAGUCCCUGUGUAGCAUGUGCAAGCAAGCUAGGAGAAAUCCUGAGAGUCCGCAAGACACUCCGUCUUAACAUCCACUGCUCCCGCCUCUUCUUGUGGGAGGAGCCUGAGGUGCAAGCGGCGUUAAAGGCACUGGUACAGGCAGGGUGCAAACUGAGGAUGAUGAGGCCAGUGGACUUUACUUAUGUUUGGUCCACUUUUGUGGAGAACGAGGAAGAGAGUUUUGCUCCCUGGGAGGACUGUCAAGAUAGCUAUGAGUACUACGACGAGAAGCUCGCCAACAUUCUGCAGUAGAGUAAUUAAUGGUUUUUCAGUAAUGGAAGCUGCUCUUCUGUUUUGGAACAUGCCAGCUUUUAUCUGCCAUUUAAUUCCUGGAAAAUUGUGUUUUUUUCUGCAAUUCCAUUUCUCUUACUAAUGCCUCAAAUAUAGAAUUCAGACUUUUAUAGUCUUUUACAGUCAUAGAUUUGUUUAGGUUUUUUGCCUAGUGCUAUGCAAACACAAAAUACUAAACAUUUCACAUUAGAUUUAAAUCAUUUUUACAUAUAAACCAGGACUGGAUACACAUUCAGAUAUGACUGUAAUGAGAAUUAUGUUCUUUAUUUUGUUGUUCACGUUAUUCAGGUUAUAUCUAUUUACAUCACUGAUGGCAUAAAAUCAGAAUUGAACAAGAAGGCUUAAGUAUAUAAGGCUUGAAUUUGUUCCUAAUUGUUGUUGUCAAAACUCUGCUUCACAAAUACAGAAUGUAGAUGUGGGACACUAAUUAAAUAUUGGGCAAAAAUGACUGUGAUAUUUUGUUGUUUUGAAAAAUAUAUUGUGAUGUUAAAAAAAAAAAAAACAGGAAUUUUCACCAGAUACCAAAGUCAGAAGUCUACCAUGUCAUUAUAUUAAUAAUGCACUCUGUGUAUUGAUGACUAAAAUAAAUUAGACUGUGGAGAUAUAAUCUGCCUCUGUCUGAUAGCAGAACGUAGAUUUUUUCCUUUUGUUACAUUAUAAAUCUUGCGAUGUGACUUGCACAAACUGAAAGAAUAUAUACUGUGCAGUCCUAACUGGAAUAUUGAAGGACUUAAUUGGUGUUGAUAUGUACAUAUUUACAUUAACUAGACAAAAUCAUGCUCUUAACUAGAGGUGGGUAAUAUGUCCAUAUUUAUCAUAAUAUGAUCAAUUUUCCUAUCGCAUUGACAAUAUACUUUUUUAAGAACUUAAAGCACACUGACCUUACUGUAAAUUUAAUUACCAACAGCAUAGCUAGUCUAGUUGAAUUACAUGAAUUGCAGUAUAUCUGGAGUAAAUGUUACUGUAUUUGAAUGGUGUUUAAGGAUCUGUCACUACUGAGGCAUGUUGAUUGUGAUCAAAUGUAUUGCAAUAAAAAAACUGUGUAUCAAGAAA